AUGCCGCGCAGAAAGGCUGCCGACCGCACGGGUCCGGUCAAGACCCGGUCUCGCAGCGGUUGCAAAGAAUGCCGGGCGAGUCGUGUCCGGUGCGACACUAAGAAACCCGUUUGCACACGCUGCUGGGAGAAAGGAUUGUCAUGUUCUACGAAUCUCGUGCUUAAAUGGGAGUCAGAAUUCAUCAGCCGUGGGAUGGCUUUUGGGCGUGCGGGUGUGUGGAAUAAAGCCCGUCCCGGCAUCACUCAGCCUGCCUCGCGAUCCCCACCCUCCUCCCCAGCGUCUCUCUCGCCAGAUGAUGUGCGCGAGUGGUGCCCGGUGCCGACGGUUCGGCCUUGGGGCUUUAUCAACAGCGGAAUUUCGACUUUUGAACGACCAGACCAGGUGAAUGUGAGUUUGAAUGAGCCCGGCACUGUCGUUUCUGUCGUCGGGACCUCAGGCGGACCAAUAUCAAGAAGCAUGGCGGCCGAUUCACCGUGGCCUAUGUCGCAUGGACACCAUGUUCUCGAUAUGAGGGAGCUCGUGGCGGGCUUCAACCUCGCCCCCGCCCCGUCUGCCUCGCUUUUCCCGGGAAUCUCCAAGUUGGGACAUACAGAACUAUUCGAAUAUUAUCUCCAACAGGUCUGCCCUCGAACUACGCCAAGUAAGACACUAUCUUCGCCUUUUGCCUCGGUGAUCUUGCCUUUUUGUCUGUCCGCGUCUCCCACAUUGUUCAAGGCCAUCCAAGCGUUGGGCGCCUGCCACUGGUCCCGAUUCGAUCCAAGCUACAGUGCUGUUGGGCUGCGCUUUAAAUCCGAUGCCUUACGGGACCUCCGCCGCCGUUUCUCUUGCGAAGGCUCUGUGGUGUGCAGCACGGACCCCGAGCUUCUGGUCAUCAUGAUGAUGCUCUGUCUCUAUGAGAUUGUCGACAAGUGCGACCAACAGUGGACAAUCCACCUGAAGGGUGCCAAGGAACUGAUUCACUUGCGGAGGCAACAAGCGACUACGCUUUCUCAACCUUCCACGACACUAGAUCCCGUCUCCGCCUUUGCGGAACAUUUCUUUGCCUUCCAGGACGUCAUGGGCCGAACAGCCUGCGGCGAGGAGGUUUCGUUUGGAACUGACUACUGGAAGGCUGAUGAGCAACGCGUCGAUCUUUGGAUGGGAUGCAGUCCGGAGCUGGUUUCCAUCCUCUCGACCAUCACAGAAAUGAGCCGGACCCGGCGCCAGCUGACCUCGGAUGCCGCCCGCAUGGCAUUUUCUCUGCGCGCCGCUUCGCUCGAACACCAGCUUGAGGUUUUGGUUCAGGACGUCGGGGAUGGUGAUGACGAGACCCUUGCAUCUGUGGCAGAGGCUAAGCGGCUGGCGGCAGUGCUCUACCUACACUGUGCGUUAUAUGGUGCAAGCCCGGUCACCCCGUUAGUCGUGACAUACGUCCGUCAGAUCCUGCAACUCGUGUCGGACCUGCUCGACCGUGGCUCACUAGCCACCGCGACAUGGCCUGUCUUCGUGGCGGCGGUAGAGCUUGACCCAGCCCACGAUGAGAUUUGGUCGGGCCCCGAGAUCGCCUCGGGGCGGCCUAUUGUACUGCGCGCCUUAGCUGCUCUUGGUGAGUCAACCAUCUCCAACAUCGCACGCACUCGGGCAGUGAUCGUCCAGGUGUGGCAAUCCCGUGAUUUGGACUUGGUCAAAGGGUUACCCUCUAUGGAUUGCAAUGACUGGGAAUGGUACGUGGCGCCCAUUAGCACGGCGAUGAGCCUGGCAUGA